AUGGCGAACUUCAGCGAUCUCAACCCCUUCGCGAAGCGGGAAGCGCAUAGCCCGACAUCCAUCACCACCUACAAGGUCCUGACUCUGCUCUCUUGGGUUCUGUCCGUCGUCACGACCGUUUACUACGAUUUCCACUCACCUCACGAUGGACACUUCAUUCGCCGGACGAUUUGGGGCCAGAACUAUGCCCAUCCUUCGGGCUUCACGCAGAAUGCCACCAUCACCUCCAUCUACUGGCUUGUGUUGUUCAUUCUCCAGGGAGGCUACAUCGGCCACCUCUUCUCCAACGAUUCCUCCACGGUCAACGCUGCCGCCUCUGUCGGUAGCCACUUCAUCUUCAACAACCUGCUUCACUUUGGGUGGGUGAUGCUCUUCGUUCGCUCGCACUUCGUCUGGUCCGAGAUCUUGUUGAUCAUCAACUUCAUCAACCUUACGUCGCUGUACUUCCGCCACAGUGCGUAUCCCAAGGGCAUCCACAUGCCCGCUGUGUCUGGUCCCCUUGCCUGGACCUUCGUGGCUCUGUACUGGAACGGUGCCAUCAUGGUCCCUGCCCAGCAUAGCUUUGUUGCCCGCAUCUUUGCCAACGUCUUCAUCUGGUCGAUUCUGGUCUACGGAAUGUUCUUCAUUGUCACCUACAAGGACUACACUAUGGGCUUCAACCUGAGCGUUCUCGCUGCUUCCUUGGGAGUCGCCCAGUUCUUUGACCGCGUCAUUGCAUUCCAGUGGAUCUUUGCCUUCACCAUUAUGGCAGUGCUGUUCGUCUUCACUGUGGUCGUCGCCGUACCUGCUUGGACCGGUAAGGAGGUCAGCUGGGGCAGACGCCAGACCCAGCCCGAUGCCGAGCGUGCUCCUCUUCUCAAUGACAACUAAGCAUCUUGACAACAAGUGCUUUCAUCCCGUAUUUCUACGGGCUCCAUUCUGGUGAAGGGUAAAACCUUUGAGAGUUGUACGAUGUUGAAAAUAUCCAUAACAACUGUCACUCGUUGCUCGGAGUUGCGGCAUCGGUCGGCCGUGGUGUAGGAGAUUCUUUGCAUCGAAAAUGGGAAGGGCUUCGUCAUAAUGAUAAUCAUGUGCCUCAAGAGCACCAAAAAGAGGAAAGGAAAUGAAGGAAAUCACAACAGAAUGAGCGAUGUUCUCGGGAAAAGAAUGAAGAGUUCAGUGGCAUAUGGUUCAAGCCUCCUUUACCUUAUCGUAGUAGGUAGCUUACCUUAUCGAUAAGUUAUCAUUAAGCGAUUCAUGACGUAGGGUUGUUG